UUUUAAUUUUUCCCUCUCGUCCUUGCGACACGCUGAAUUGCUGAAGGCCUGAAGCUCCUGGGUCCUGGCGACGUCGCCGGCGAAGUCCACUGUCUACCGCCUCCAAGCUCGUCGCCAGAUGCAUGCUCUGCGCCUCCGCCGCCUCACUCGCUCACCGAAGAACGAGUGCCUAUGAGCAGCAAUAGCUAGCUGCAAAGAUUGCUGAAUUUUAUAAGGUUUAGUUAACACGAUGGAGGAGUGGAGGACUGACUACUGAGAUCUUGGAAAUACAUUAGGAUUACAAAAUUGGGAAUUCUUGAGGACACAACUAUGCACAUGUAUCUUGCACGUGGAUAAACAAAGUGAAUAGUGGUCUUAGAACAAUUGUGCUUGGAGUGGAUUAGUCUCCUUCCUGAAUUCUGAAGUCAAGUUUAUUUUAAAGUUGAGGAAGUAUGUUAAACUGCUAACAGCCAAAAUAUGUCUUCAUGGUGAAGAAAAGCUUUCGACUUUCAUGUAUGGAGAAUGAAGUAUCUUUCUAACCUGAUACAGUGAUACUGUUACUGCAAAUAUCUACGAACAUCUAUGACAAUGAAAAAUGUCGCUGCCAGGUCUGUUGAAAGUUUGGCCCAAGGCAUAUACAUUUGCCAACGGGACAAUGGUAAACUCGCCAGCCGUUAUGCGGCCCACCUUCAACUCUGCUCCUCAAACAUACACAGCCCUGCUACGUCUUCUCUUGCUAGAAACAUCCAUGCCAACAUGAUCACCUCCGGGUUCAAGCCUCGUGGCCACAUCCUCAACCGCCUCAUCGAUAUCUACUGUAAGUCCUCUAACCUCCUGUACGCAAGGCACCUAUUUGACGAAAUUCCCCAACCGGAUAUUGUUGCUAGAACCACCAUGAUUGCUGCGUAUUCUGCUUCUGGGGACCCCAAGCUCGCUGCAGAGAUUUUUGAUAGAACCCCUUUAUGCAUGCGUGACACGGUUUUUUAUAAUGCUAGGAUCACGGGCUAUUCGCAUCAAAAUGAUGGCCAUGCUGCUAUACAAGUCUUCAAUGAUAUGAAAAGAAACAACUUUAAGCCUGACCAGUACACAUACACUAGUGUGCUUGCAGCCUUGGCACUUAUAGCUGAUUGUGAACUGCACUGCCAGCAGCUACAUUGUGCUGUUAUCAAGUCCGGGACUGGGACAAUUACAUCUGUACAGAAUGCCCUUUUGUCAGUGUACGCUAGGUGCGCGUCUUCACCCUUAGUGUCUUCAUUGCUUUUAAUGGAAUCGGCUAGGAAGGUAUUUGAUGAGAUGACCAAGAGGGAUGAAUUGUCAUGGACAACAAUCAUUGUGGGUUAUAUAAGGAAUGAUAAUGUUGAAGCUGCACGGCAAGUGUUUGAUGGGAUGGAUGAGAAGUUAGUUGUGGCGUGGAAUGCAAUGAUUUCAGGGUAUGUGCAUAAGGGUUUAAUCUUUGAAGCGUUUGAACUUUUUAGACAAAUGUACUUGCUAGGGAUUAAACUGGAUGGAUUUACAUAUUCAAAUGUUCUCAGUGCCUGUGCUGAUGCUGGAUUAUUUCUCCAUGGAAAGCAGGUGCAUGGUUACAUAGUAAGGACAGAAACAACACCUAUGGAGCAUGCUCAUGUGUCAGUAAAUAAUGCUUUGAUUACGUUGUAUUGGAAAUGCAAUAGAGUUGAUGAUGCUAGGAAAAUUUUUGAUCAGAUGUUCACCAAGGACUUGAUCUCAUGGAAUACAAUUUUGUCUGCAUAUGUGAGUGCUGGACGGAUUAAUGAAGCUAAAUUGUUUUUUUCUUGGAUGCCAGAGAAGAACUCCUUAACAUGGACAGUGAUGAUAUCUGGAUGCUCACAAAAUGGGUUUGGGGAAGAAGGUCUAAGGUUAUUCAACGAAAUGAAAUUAAAUGGGUUUGAGCCAUGUGACUAUGCUUUUGCAGGUGCCAUUGCAUCUUGUUCAGUGCUUGCUGCGCUAGAAACUGGACGCCAGUUCCAUGCUCAGAUUAUACGGUGUGGAUUUGAUUCAAGCCUCUCUGUUGGAAAUGCAUUAAUUACAUUCUAUGGAAGAUGUGGAGACAUUGAUGCUGCACAGUGUCUGUUUCUUACAAUGCCAUUUUUCGAUUCCGUGUCUUGGAAUGCAAUGAUUGCAGCCUUGGGGCAGCAUGGACAUGGUGCUCAUGCGAUAAAACUCUUUGAAGAGAUGCUGGAAGAACGUAUAUCUCCUGACAGUAUAAGCUUUCUUACAGUCCUAUCUGCUUGUAGUCAUGCAGGGUUGGUUAAAGAAGGACAACAUUAUUUUGAUUUAAUGCAUAGAGUGUAUGGCAUAAGUCCAGGAGAAGAUCACUAUUCUCGCUUAAUUGAUUUGUUGUCUCGAGCUGGAAGGUUCUCAGAAGCUACAAAUGUGAUCCAGACUAUGCCCUAUAAGCCUGGGGCACCCAUUUGGGAAGCUCUUCUUUCUGGUUGUCGACUUCAUGGAAACAUUGAGUUGGCAGUGCAAGCUGCAGAUAAACUCUUUGACCUAGUUCCACAACAUGACGGAAGCUACAUACUUAUGGCAAACAUGUUUUCUUCUGCAGGCAGAUGGAAUGAUGCUGCCAAUGUACGGAAAUUAAUGAGGGAACGAGGGGUCAAGAAGGAGCCUGGCUGUAGUUGGAUUGAAGUUGAAAACAAGGUCCAUGUAUUCUUGGUGGACGAUACUAGGCACCCUGAAAUCCAAGCGGUUUACAACUAUCUGGAGGAAUUAGCACUAAAGAUGAGGAAAGCUGGAUAUAUUCCAGAUACGAAGUAUGUGUUACAGGAUAUGGAAACUGAACAAAAGGAGUAUGCUUUGUCAACUCAUAGCGAAAAACUUGCUGUUGUGUUUGGGCUCUUGAAGCUACCUCGUAGUGCCACGAUUAGGGUCUUCAAGAACCUCCGGAUAUGUGGGGACUGCCAUAAUGCAUUUAAGUUCAUGUCAAAGGUAGAGGCAAGGGAGAUUAUUGUGAGAGAUGGAAAGAGGUUUCAUCACUUCAGGGAUGGUGAAUGCUCAUGUGGAAAUUACUGGUGAGCAGAGAGAUUCUAUUUUAAUUAUGUAUUAAAAGAAUUGGAUGUUUGGACAGAUAAGUAUCAUGAUGCCAACCUAUUGAUAGAGGAGCUUAAAGAAGUUAUUCUGGAAGCCUGACCUCUCUUUCCUAUUUCACUAUCCCUUUAAAGCUGUCUUUCCUCAUCCUGUUCAGCCAAUCAUCUUCCAGUGAAGUCUUCAAAGGCAGAGUAAUUGUUCAAUUUCCUUUUAUGUCUCUCUUCCUGAAGGGGUUUGGACUUUAGUUUCUAGCUAUGGAGAUUCAUUGAAACCAUUAGUCCUUUGCAUUAAGAUAUUAACAUGCCUAUCAAUGUUUGGCUUGUCUUUUGACAACAUCUACUUCAGUUUGGAAAUGCUAUGAAAAUGUAACCUGGGAAGCCAUUAAACGUUUUGAACGCAGCUAGAAAAGGUUAGUAUAUCGCAACAAUGAUUGCUCUGCGUGGUGCUGCCAGCCAAGACAGUUGCUGCUGCAAAGCCCAGUGCUCCAGAACAUGCUCAGAUUCAGGUCGUCAACUCUAAUCAGUUGCUGAAUAUGAAUGAGAAUAUUUAACUGUGGGGCAUGCUGGCUUGGUGGUGAGCUUAACUAUUGUUUAAGAUUCAACUCAAUUCCAUUUGCAUUUAUUUAGAAUCAGUUUCUGUGUUGUUGCAAUUUUGGUUUAUACAGUUCAAAUUUGGUAUUCUGAACUUGAAAAGCUGAAAAUUUUCCUUUCAAAGGACACCAUUUGCAUCUUUUCUUUCACCUAUUUGGAGAAUCCGGAGAAGGUUGCAAGCAAGACAUGUGAAACUCAAUGAGCCUACACUACACUGCUUGCUGUUAUAUAGAGAAACAGACUGGAAGAGGAGAUGCUGAAAAUAUGUUUGAGAUGAAAAAAAUAUGUGAAGAAAGACUACAGCUUGGCCUUCUAACUAUAGACAAAGGAAUAAGAAGGAUUUGUGAAAAGCUUUGAUGUCUUCCAAUUGGACAUCAUAUCCACAAUGGGAUAAUACUAUGCUUAAAGAGUUAAAAUUGUAAACUGCUAAACGUGUUUUUAUGUUCCAAAAAAAUUUUGGCGCAAUUUUUAUUUAUUUAUUGCAGAGAUCUUUAAUAAACUUUUAAGACAUGUUCCCAUCA